UUAUAGUACCUUACAUCUCUCUCUGGUCCAAGGAUAUAUAUAUCAACAUUCCUUAACCAAACACUACAAAAACAAAACCAAAAAAUUAAAAAUAAAAACAAAAUCAAGAAAGAAAGAUAUGGAAGAUUCGAGCAAAUCAAGGUUCAAGAGGAUUUGUGUCUUUUGUGGAAGCAGUUCUGGAAAGAAACCUGGCUACCAGGAAGCUGCUGUUGACCUCGGAAACGAACUGGUGGAAAGAAGGAUUGAUUUGGUGUAUGGAGGUGGAAGCGUGGGAUUGAUGGGUCUUGUUUCUCAGGCAGUUCAUGAUGGCGGGCGCCAUGUUCUAGGGGUUAUUCCAAAGACCUUAAUGCCUAGAGAGAUAACUGGUGAGACUGUUGGAGAAGUGAGAACUGUAACUGAUAUGCAUCAAAGAAAAGCUGAGAUGGCUCGUCAAGCAGAUGCAUUCAUUGCCCUCCCUGGUGGAUAUGGAACACUCGAGGAGCUUCUGGAAGUCAUAACAUGGGCUCAGCUUGGAAUCCAUAGGAAACCUGUGGGGCUUUUGAACGUUGAUGGAUAUUAUAAUUCGUUGCUGAGUUUCAUCGAUAAGGCCGUUGAUGAAGGCUUUAUUUCGCCCACUGCACGUCGUAUUAUCGUUUCAGCUCCAACAGCCAAACAAUUGGUCAGACUUCUUGAGGAAUACACACCAGAGUAUGAUGAAGUAACAUCCAAGUUGGUGUGGGAAGAAGUGGACAGACUAAAUUAUGUUGCUGAGUCAGAAGUGGCCACAUAAUAAUUAUAUGUAAAAAUGUCCAUGUUACGUGAAUCAUACAUGUCUUUUUUGGGUUUCACGUACGUAAUAUAUACUUAUAUAUAUGUAGUUAUUAUCAUUAUAUUUAUUAUAUUAUAUUAUACGGGGGGCUCACCGUAGUUCUACAGCUUAGGAAGUGAUCUGGAUCUUUUUUUGUAGCUGAGCCACAAGUUUGUGUAUUGAUCAUAUAUAUAUAUAUAUGUACUUUGUCUCGAAAAGAGAAAAAUUAAAUGCUUGUAUGGCUUGGCCUCCAUUUUGUGAAGGUAUCAUCAAUAUUGAUCAAGAUCAUGUUUAAUUU